GUGACUCAAACUGUUUAUAUCAUUCUGCUUUCUACCCGAUAAACUUUUUUUUGUUAAUAUUUUACUUUUUUUACACUGUUAUUAUAAUAAUACAAAAAUAUACUUCUAUUUUGGUUAUAAGAGAUAAAUCGAAACUUUUUUUAAAAAUUUAUAAUAGAUACUUUUAAAAUAACUUUCGAAUUCGUAAUUUGAUAUAAAAAUAAUGUUUUUGGAAAGCCGGUAAUUAAACGCGUGUAGUAGUGUCUGAACUUAUAUUAUAUAUUUUCCGUUUGUUUUGUUUUAAAUAAUAUAAAAAAAUAAAUAUGGAAGAGAAAUAUUCACUUGAGAAAGAUGGUACCUAUUGUUUAGGUUUUCCAAAUAAAUUCGCUUUAUCCGAAAAAGAAAUUGAAGAAAUUUUUUCUGAUUUUGGUGAUGUAAUUUCGGUUAGAACAAGUGGCGAUGAGCGAGGUUUUCGAUUUGUAAGAUAUAGAACAUUAGAGGAAGCAGAAUGUGCUGUACAAGGUUUAAAUGGUCAUAAAAAAAUUCGUAUUUUACCUAAGAAACCAAAAGUUACCAAUAAUAAUGGGAAAGGAAAAGAAAACCAAAGGAAUGGACAGCAAAAAAAUUUAGGUGCAAAGAAGAAGGUUAAUGAAAAGAAUAAAAAGAAAGAUGAUGAUAACGAAGACUGGAACGAUUCAUUCAAUGAAGAUUCAUCUUCGACACACUCCAUAAAUAAGCAUAAAUCACAAUUAUAUGGUGGUGCAUAUAAUGGAUCCUUUAAAAUUAAAUCUCCAGUUGCUAAUAGUGAAGAAGAUUCAACAGAUACUUCAGAGACUGAGAAUUUAAUGAAGAUUUUGAGACUUCGUUCAUUGCGUGGUCAAUCUUCUUCAAAAAAUUUUGUCCCUAAUCUCAAUUUGAAUGUUCAUGAAGAUGAAACCAAAACGAAAAUUAAUCAAAGUCAUGACGAAGAUGAGAAAAUUAAUAGAGAUGUCUUUAAUCCUAGACAAUUAAAUAAAAAUGUUAAAACAAAAACACAUAAGGCGGUGGAUUCAUCUUUAAAAUUAAUGAAAGAAGAAAAUGAAAAUUUAUUGAAAAAAAUAAGACGGUAUUCCUCGCAAGGGAAUUCAGAACGUAAUUCUUCUAAUUUGCCAAACGAUAAUGAACCUCCUGAACUUAUUUCCACCGAUGAACUCAAACAAAGAACGAGCAAAGUAUUUGUUCGCAGUGAUAAUACUGUGAAAACUAUUUUAGCAGAAGAAGUAAUUGUUGCUAAUAUUAAUGAAAAAUCUAGUGUUUUAUAUAUUUUGUAUCUUCUUGAAAAAUUUGAUCCAAUUUCUAUCACUGAGAUAAAAACAAUAUCUAAAAAUGGAAUUAGAUAUUGUAGUGUUUAUUUCAAAUCUCAAAAAGAUGCGAUUGCAGUUGAAAAGGAGUAUGAUAAUUUUGAACUUUCGGGAAAUAAAUUAAUUGUACGCACUCCACAAUUAUUGAUAAAAGAAGUGUCAACUGAUUAAAAAUUCAAAAAAUUAUUCAUUUACUAAAUUACAAUUUCCUAAUCAUGCAGUUAUUUUUACAAAAAAAUUUUUUUUUUAUACAAAUGUUCAUUAUUUUUACAAAAGUUUUAUUUUUAUAAUAAAAUCAGUUUAAUAUAUAUUUCAUUCACAAUUAUAAACAUGUUUAGUUAAUACAUUAUAAUCAUUAUUAUGACUUAUAGAUAUUCGAUUAAUUUGAUGUAUUAAGCGGAAAAUAUCACUCCUUCAUAAUGUAAAAAUUAAAAAGAUUUGUAUUUAAAAUCUUUUUUUUUAUAAUUAAAAUAAUUAUAUUUUAUUGGCUUUGUCCUAUUGUAAUGUGUAGGGAACAUGCAUAAAGAACUUUGCACUUAUUUAACUAUAUUUUCAUUUUUUCUAAAGGUUGUUACAAAUAGCUAACAUCCCCUUUUUCCUUGAAGAGCAACGUUCUUUAUAAAUGUUCCCUAUGUUAUAGAAACUUAUAUGAAUUAAUACGUUCAUCAUUAUUUUUGUAAUACAAUGUAUUUAGAGAUCACGGAAAGAAUUUCUAUUAAUAAUUAUAAAAUUGUUAACUUCAUUUAUUCUCAUAAAUUGUAAAUUAAUUUUUAAUGUUAUUAUAUAAUCGUUUAAUUUUUUUUUUAAACGUAUUCCUAUGAAUAUUCAUUAAUGGGCGCAAAUGAUUAACUGAACGUAAAAACUUGUACGUGCAUUGAAAAUUAUUAUAUGUAUAAGAAUUAUAAAUCUUUAAUGUAAAAUAAACAUACAAACAUUUAUUUCCAAA